UUCCCUGGUAACGCUUAGGCCCGAUCGUAGCAGAAUGUUUCUUGUCGGACACUUUUAGCAGUUGGAACUUCUUGUCAGCUAAUCAACAUGGCGUUAAGAUUCAUGGUAAAUCGUGGUGCAUUAACGUUAGGAAUUCAUUGUCACCGUGUUUCCAGAAAUAUAUCGUUAUCGCAGGUUAGAGAAAAAAAGCGAUGGAUGAGAGCAUACACAUACCUCAUGGCGAAGAAGUUGAAGCUUGAGGGACCUCCACCACCGAAGCCACGCUCUCAGCAGCCUCAUUGGGAUUACCAUGCUGAGGUUCAGGCUUUCAGCACUCGCCUUCAUGAGAACAUCUCCUUGGAGCUACUUAAAACAGCUUUCAUCAAUCCGUGUUACCUGCAGGCAGAGCAGGAGAGGAGACAGAGGUUAGGUGUGGACUCCGAGACCACAGCUCUUGUUCUUAAAGAUAAUAUUCAUCUGAGUCAAAAGGGAGCAGGUUUCACCCAAAGCUUCCUGACCGACUGGUGCAGGGCCAGCUUCCCAAAUCUGCCAAGCGAGGGGGUUGAGAGUAUUGUAGGGCACCUCACCAGUUCAGCAGUUGUGACCUAUGUUGCAAGAAAUCUUGGCAUUGAAGACCUUACCAUGAGUGCAGAAUUCCCUGUUCCUGAUGAUGUGCUCCAUUCUACAUUCAUGGCAGUUAUUGGAGCUCUACAGGAGAGCAGUGGAGCAGAGCGAGCAGAAUUCUUCCUAAGGGAUUUUCUGGUCACUCAGCUAAUAGGAAAAGACCUGUUUGAUAUGUGGAAAGUGGUCAACCCCAUGGGACUACUGGUGGAGGAACUUACUAAGAGGAACAUUCCUUUGCCAGAGCCUCGUCUCAUCAGGUCUGCUGGAGCCAGUACUGUCCUGCCACUAUACUUCGUCGGCUUGUACAGUGAUAAGAAGCUUCUGGCUCAGGGUCCAGGAGAGACACUUAUAGCAGCAGAGGAAGAGGCAGCUUAUGUGGCCCUGCGGAGACUUUAUGGAUACACCGAGAACUGCAAACCCUUUGACUUCUCUCCACAAAAACAGCAGCAUCAGCAGCCAUUAAUUCAGUCAGUCAGCAGUAAUUAAAGAAGCAACUCUUAGGCCGCAGCGGGAAAUCAUAUAAAAGAUAUGCAGCCAGACAGGAAAGUGGCGUGAAUCUACUCAAAAGUUACUUUGAGAUCUUGUUUGCUGACUAUAGAAUUGCAACACAUUGUAAGAAGAAAGUAAAGGGAAAUUAGGUCACCAUUUACCUUAUUAAACAUAGUCCAAUGCUUCGUUGUCAUUUUCACCCAUACAUAGGCAGUAAGCUUUAUUGUCCAAAUAAAACAUGUGACUAUCUUAUAAGAUAUUGCUUUUUGUUGUAUCAGAAGAUCUGUUAUCAUUUUGUAAGUUAUAAGUCCACUGAUCCUAUAGCUAAAAACCUACAGGUUCAGCUGUCUGUGGAACAAAAUAUCCCAUAUAUCUGUUUGUCCUUGUAAAUAAUACAACUGAUAUUUGGUUUACUUUGCAUUCUGUUAUGAUGUUCAUAUGUAAUAAAGUUUGUGUACAUCACGA